GUUAUAAGAUCUAAUGCAAGUACAAACAAGGAAUAUAAUCUUAUAAACAUUUUUGUUGAUCUGCAAUUUUCUACACCUUUUUCUAAUCAAAAAUUGCGCGGCAACGCAUUCAAAUUCAAAAAUGAUUUGAUCAACUACUUUGGGUAACUAAGCAACUAAAUAGAAGUGUGAUGUACUUUAUAUAAAUAUAAUUUUCGAAAUAUUACUCAAAAGUUUCUGUAUAUUGUCUCUUUUUCAAAAAUGGUAUACGUAGAAUCAGAAACAGAUGAAGUAAUUACGGACCUAAUUCCUGGUCCUUCAAUAGAAUAUGCAAAACGACAAAGGUAUAUUUCUCAAUAUAAUAAACCUAUAAAAACAGAAAUUAAGAAAGAAAAAUAUUCACACCGUACAUUUGGUUUACCACAAGUACCAUUAAAUUUACCAUCUCAAUAUUUAAAGAAAAAAAGUCGGAUAGAAUAUCGCAAAACAGAUGUAAAACAUGUACACAUUCGUGAUCCAGAAUAUCAACGGAAGUUACCAUCGUGGGUGCCAUUGAAAAUAAAAAAAAAAGAAAAAUGUGGAGAGUUGCCUGUUGAUCCGGUUAAAUCAGGUCGUAUCAAUUUUAAAAAACAAAAUAUUAUUAAUAUAAAGAAAUCUCAACCUUUUAUUCAUAAAGAAAGAUAUGUAGAUACACGGUACGGAGAUGUUCAUGAUUUAAAAUCUAGUGGAUUGUAUCCUAUUUAUAUACAUAGAAAGGGAUUUGGAAAAGUUCCAAAAAUUGUUAAAAAAAUAAUAUGUGAAGAAGUAGAAAAGGAAUUAAAAGAAAAUAAAUCAAGUGAUACUUGUAUCGAUGAACCAAAAUACCAUUGUAUCUCAGAAGAAGAAAGAAAAGAACUUCUAGAUGGAAUGAAAAGAAGAUGGGACGAAAUGAUGAAACAAUUUCACUCCUUACCAUUUGUAAUUGAUACUCCACCAAAAGUGCAAAGGAAGGCAAAACUGGAACGUGAAUUACAACAACUUGAGAAAGAUAUUACAAUUCUUGAAAGACACUCUUAUAUAUGUGUUAAAAAUGAUAAUGAAAAUGAAUGAAAAAAAGAAACAAAAGAAUACAUCCAUUUUGAUCAUAUUUUUAAUUAUUUUAUUUAAAUUUUAUAAUAAGCAAAGAGGAGUAUGAUAUGUAAUAAUUAUUAGCCAAAAAGAGAACGAAUAAAAUACACAAGUAUUAAUAAAUGUAAAAAUUUUUUAUUUUAUUAAUACUAUUUUAUGUAUAUAUAUAUA